AUGACCAUCAAGAGCUCCGAAGUCAUCCUGGGAAGUAGUAACUACUACCACUGGGAGUACAACAUGCGGAUGACACUAGCCCGAAAGGGGCUACUGGCGCAUGUUGAGGUCGUGAAGCCCGAGCUCGAGAUCACCGAGGCGUAG